AUGCCAGGCCACACAGGCACGAAACCCGCUCACGCCAUGCUCAACCGCCCGCGUCUCUCGCCCAAAAGCCCAAACGAGUUGCAGCAGCGCGAGGGGUACUUUGUCCCGCCCACUCCGGCUGCAGCCGACCGCGCUCAGCACGCUUGGAGUCCGUUCUUGGCGGUGCAGCACGGAGGAGACGCGGCGCUGGGACGGGUCGACGAGAAUGGCGAGGUUGCGCGAGCGGGCUAUGACGCUGGACAUGGUGCGGGCGGCGCGAGUGGGCUGGGGGGAGCGGGUGCGGCAGGUCACUCGAGUGCGAGUGCAGGGACCGGACACGCGAACGACGCGCCGUCCAACUCGCCCUGGGGGACGACCGCCCCUCCGUCCUUCACGCUCUCACCAACCUCGACCGCCUUCAACGCCAAGUUCAGCCACGCCCUCCGCGUUCCCUCUAGCUCAAACAUCCCCCAAACGCCGCUCUACCCUCCGCCUUCUUCGCCCUUCAUUCCCGAGAACGCUUCGUCAACCCGUCCCGCAGCUGCGUCAUCGUCCCAUCCUGCGGGCGCUGUUCCCCCUACGCCAGGACCCAGCACGACUUCCGGCCUCUCGUUCCCUCCCUCUCUGUCCGCCAACUCGCCCUUCAAGAUGCCCACCUCUCUCGCCUUUGCAGGCCGAAAACCAUCAGGCGCCACCGCUCGUCCCAACUCGCUCUCCUCCGCCCAACGCACCGCCUCCGCCCUCCCCAUCCCCAUAACCUCCCAACGCUACACGCUCUACACGCCUCACCAAAUCUUCUCCCUCAUCCACGAAGCGCAGUCCAAUCCCUCCUCUCAAGCGCCUCCGAUCCUCGUACUCGAUAUCCGCACACACACGGCUUUCGUCUCCGAGCGCCUGGCAGGUUCGAUAAACGUCUGCGUUCCAUCGACUCUUCUCCGUCGUCCUGCGUUCGGGAUCGACCGGGUGGCGGAUAGCCUACCCCCGUCGGACCAAGAAGUCUUUGAGAGGUGGAACUCGUGCGGAGUCAUCCUCGUCCUCGAUCAGGAAUCCACUUCGCUCGUAGAAGGCGGUGGACCGGCAUCGCUACUCGCGAAAUUCGACAAGGCGGGUUUCGAGGGAAAACUUGGGUGGGUCAAAGGAGGUUGGUAUGCCGUUCGGACGCAGUUGAGGGGUUUGAAGGAAGAAGAACAGGACAAGUUGGUCGAGGUUGGGUCGGCUGCGGUCGCGCAGAGUCCGACGACUGCGUCUGCGCCGGUAUCGGCUCAUUCGACGCCGUUUGGUGCGCCCGGCCCAGCAGGCGCACAGACUUCCGCUCUCGACGCCCCUACGUCUCUCGGAGGCGACGACUCAGCGCACGGCUCGACCUAUCCCCCCAUCAACACCAAGAAACACGGUCGCCCGGUCUUGCAAGUUCGCGACCUCCCCGCCUCGGCAUUCCAGCUCGCAUCGACUUCGGCGUUCCGUCACUCGUCGAACGAGACGAGUCGGAGUACGAGUCGGGCCGGACCGGAGGUGAUCAGUCCUUCGACGAGCGGGGGCAGUUUGUCUUCCAGCGGGUCUGCGAGGCCCAAUAUGGGCAAGCGGCGGAAGAGCGGCAACGAAGGGUUCUUGGCGAUAGCGACGUCGAGGGACAACAGCCAGGUUCGGACGAGCGCAAACCCGUUCUUUGACAACAUCCGCCAGAACAGCGAGGCCCUUUCGCUCGAACGCUCGCUCGCCAACCUCGUGCCCAUCGACCUCCCUCCCGUCUCUCCCUCCUUGAUCCCCUCCCUCCCCUCCUUCCUCCGCACCUAUCUCUCCCUCUCGCCCAUGUCGCGCGCAGACCGCCUCGCACGGCAAUUCUACGAGCUCGAGUUCGCCGAACGCGAGAGGCUCGAAGGGACGUUCAAGUGGCAUUCGAGGCAGAGUGUUGUCGGGGCGAGAGAGGCGGUGGAGGAGAGGGAGGGAGCGGGGAGGGAGGCGCAAAGUGAGGAGGAUGAGGAGAAGAGGUGGGAGAAGUUUGGGAUCUCGGCGGGAGUCGAGUUGGGCAACUUGAAUCGGUUCAAGAACAUCUUCCCGUACGAGCACGCCCGCGUCCGUCUGCAGUACCACUCGCCCUCCGCGACCGACUACGUCAACGCCUCGUACCUCUCGCUGCGCAACUCGUCAAAACGCUUCAUCGCCUCGCAAGGACCGCUCCCGACGACCUUCCGCGACUUUUGGCAGAUGUGCGACCAGGAAAACGUCGGCGUCAUCAUCAUGUUGACCAACUUGCAGGAAGGUGGGAGGGACAAGUGUGGGCGGUAUUGGGCAUCUGAGCACGAGGGAGAGUGGGACAUCCAGCUCGAGGGAGACUUGGAGCGCGAGGAGGUGGAUCGGUUGAAGGCGUUGAAGGCGAAGGGCGGGAUGGAGUCGACGGGCGGGUCGUUGGGGCAAGGAGGCGCGAAGAGUCCGGUAGCGGGAGGAGGCGGGUUCUUCAGCGUGUUCGACGCGAAGGAGGCGAAGAAGGAGGAGGAAAAGGCCAAACCCAAGAAUUUCGAAGAGGCGACCUUGAGGAGCACGAUCACCGUCCGGCGUCGCCGACAGUCCCGCAACUCGUCUUCCUCGUCGACGCCUCCACCACCUCGCAAGAUCCGCCACAUCCAGUACCGCGCUUGGCCCGACUUUGACAUCCCCGCCGAACCCGCCGAUGUCGUCUCGCUGGUCAACGAGGUCGACGCUGCACAGCGCGCGUACAUGCAGGAGACGGGAUGGGAUCCCGAGGAGCACGGCGGGUUGGAGCCGCCGAUCCUGGCGCACUGCUCGGCGGGAGUCGGUAGGACCGGCGUCUUCAUCAUGGUGAGCUCGCUCCUUGCCAAGCUGCGGCAGGACCACGAAGCCGCGAUGCGUGACAGCGGCGCACGAACGGACGACGGCAUGGACAUUGACCCGCCUUCCGCCGCCGCACCGCCCUCUCGACCGCCCCUCGCCGAGCGACUGAGUGACCCCGAGACGUCGCUCCUCUCGACUGGUUUGUCACUCUCCUCUCUCAACGGUCCCGCCCACUCGCCCAGCCCCACGCCGAUGCACCCCAGCCUCUCCCUCCCCCGCCUCGAGUGGCGCACCUCGUCGAACUCGACCUCGACGACCUCUUCCGCAACUCUCGCCCCGCCCAUCCCGACUUCGGCGGGCAGCGCCACACCCGCUUCGCCGAGCCCUGUCCAGCUGUCGCUUCCUCCGCUCGACGUCCCCGCUCUCGCCCAACACGACCCGAUCUUCGCGGGCGUCAACGAGCUCCGCGAGCAGCGCAUGAGCAUGGUCGCCAACUAUCGCCAGUACGUCUCGGUGCUCGAGUGCGUUCUCGAGGGCGCCGUCAGGCUGUUCAGCCGAGACUCGGCCAAGUCGUCGUGA